UUUUUAAUGAUACCCAGGGACAGACACGCACAGAACUGUCCAGUUGUAUUUUGUUUCUCUCGCAGAGAUCAUUCUUAGAAAAAUUCACAUCAAGAUGGGGAACAUGCAGUGCCCUGCCGAGGACGCAGCACAUUUGGCUUCUGUCGCUCGAGAUAUCUGCCCUUUCCCAAACUACAACCCCAGUCCUUUUUUCAGCAACAUGCUGUCCAUCAACUCUUCACUUCACCUGAGGAACCACUACACGGCAGUGCAGUCCUCCCUGACCCCCAAGCAGCUGGAUGACUUCACCCAGGGCCUGAAGACCACUUUUGGCAAGGAGGGCAAUGUCACUCUUGGCGGGGUGGGGGUAGUGGCCCUGUCCCUGGCUGUGCUGUUUGACACUCUUGCCAGACAGGUCAGGGGAGAGUGGGUGUCAGACUCAGGGCCCAUUCCAGGUUUAUUUGUCAAAGACCUGAGAGGCUACUACCCACCGCAGGUCUACACAGUCAGCGAGUACCUGAGGCUGGUACCCCACAUUGCAAACAACCCCACCAGGAUGAGAGAUGAGUCAGAGAGGUACUUCAAGCAGCUCAUGAUAGACCAGCAAACUGUGGAAGAAAACAAGAGCAAGAGCGAUGAUGACAUCAUAGGGGUCAACAUCAAGCUUGGGCAGUUAUUUCAAAGCAGUUUGGGCAUUCACCUACUCCGUAUUACCAACUCUGCAGUUGUAGAUAAGAUAGAUAAAGUCGCCGUUAAGGCACUACAGAAAGCAAAAGGAAAUCUAGUCCCUACAGAAAGCACCACUGAAACUGGAGUUGAUGCAGCUCAUGUCAGCAAAACCAGAAAGAGACGCCUUCUUCCCCCGGAAAACUUUGUUAUCUUCAAUCUCAACUGCGAUCCAGAGGCAGCUAGCAAAGAUUUUUUGGCUGAAGUGCAGAAAUCAAAUGACACACAAGAAGCUUUUAAAAAAUGCCAGCCAUUCAAUGGGCACAUACCAAAGACAUGGUUGCAUUUCAUUGCCAGGCUAGUCUGGCUAGACGUCAUCAACAUCCCCGUCUUUGAUUUUGAUCGUGAACGUGAAUUACUGAUAGCUCAAAGAGAAGAUCUUGACCUGAAGGCCAAUGCACUCAGAAAAUGGGCAGAGUAGUUUACUGAUCAACUGUCCAAAUAUGGAUGAAACAAAUAUUCCUAUAUAUACAGUAUAUAUGCAAAUAUAAUAUAAAUAAAAGUAGAAAUUCAAUAUGCUGCAAUUGUUGUCAUGCUACUUUUAGCCAAAAAGAAAAGAGAAAUUAAGCAAAAUCAAGAUAAAGUAUGUGUGGAAUAUGAAACUAGGGGAAGGGGUCAAAUAAAGUCAUAUUGGUUAUUAAUAAAAGGUUUGUGGACACGAAGCAGGAAAAACCAGGCAGAGUAGUCAGAAUGCAAUCCGUCAUAUGAUUUUGAAGUUGCUAGAUGAUUGUCUGUUCUACUGUACAUUUUGAGAACUUUUUAAUCUGCUUGUUUGUGAGACCCUUUAAGAACCUUUUUGUUUUGAUAUUUUGCUACUUACUGUUCAAUUUUGUAAAAUUAUAGAUUGGGAGUAACAGUGCUGCAACACCAGCAACUACUCACUAUCAAGGUGUCAGUUGGAAUUCCAGUGGUUGUAAAAUUUGGGAAAUUACUAGUGUAGUCUAUGCAUGUGAUAUGUGUAGGUAUACACUGUGUGCCCAGUAGGAUUUACAAUGUGUCAAUAAAUAUACAGUUUAAGUCA